ACUGUGUUCUCUGAGACAUUGUUUCUUGUUACUGGUGGCUCGCAGCUGGAACGACUGUCAAAGCUAAGUAACCUACAUUUACACAGAGGAGAGAUCCUAUAAGAUGAAGACGUGAGCUUUCACAGAUAUGUCGGUCCUCUUCUUGAUCCUGCAUACUGUUUCCAACUGGAUGAUGAGAUUGCACCUACUCAGGGAUCUGAUAUUAAACAGUGUAAUUCACUGGAAAGAAAUGCAUAAGUGCAUCUAGGUGUGCACAGUAGAUGCUGUGUGGUUUUGCUGCCACUUGCAUGUUACAGUAGAUGUAUAACUGUAGGUCUGCAUUCUGAACACCGCCCUAGACAGUGCAGCUUAGAGGUGCAGCCAGAUAAGCUGGAGCCUGCUGUACCAGGUCAUCUGACAGUCGUGUGCUUUAGGAUGGGCUCCAAACUGCGAUGCUGUAGCUAUUCUGUAGCUGUGGCAGUGCAAUCAAGCGCAGGUUGCCUGGAGAUCAACUCUGUGAAGGGAGGCACUUCUGGAGCAGGAUGGAGUACAGCUGGGCAUCUUCUGAAUUGGACCUGACUCAGAUUCGGCUGAUCGUGUAUCAGGACUGUGAGCGCAGAGGCAGACAGGUGCUGUUCGACUCAAAAACGGUCUGCAAAGUUGAUGAAUCAGCGCAGAAGAAUGCAGAUGAUGUUCAGGCCAAGUGCUGCCAGACGAACAGGAGUGGAGCCUGCACCAUCAAUUCCCAGAAUGCACCAUCAGCUGGUAAACCCAAUGAAAAAGAACAGCUGCCGAGAUACCAAUAUACAAGACCUGCAUCUGAUGUCAACAUGCUUGGUGAAAUGAUGUUUGGAUCAGUUGCUAUGAGCUACAAAGGUUCCACAUUAAAAAUCCAUUAUAUACGCUCCCCUCCUCAGCUGAUGAUCAGUAAAGUCUUUUCUGCUAGAGUGGGCAGUGCCAGUGGAAGCACAGACACGUUGCAAGAUAGCUUUGAAUACAUCAACCAGGAAUCCAGUGUCGGAAAGUCAUGCCCAAAUCAGAGCGGUUUGGGUGUCUACCGCAACUGUAGCAGCAUAGCUCACAGCACACCUGUUGACAUGCCAAGCCGAGGGAAAAAUGAAGACAGAGACAGUGGUAUCGCUCGAUCAGCAUCCCUGAGAACCCUUCUUGUUACCCCAUUCCCAUCUCCAAGCAACUGCAUCUCCAGCAGCUGUGCCAGCAGUUACCAGCGGCGCUGGCUGCGCAGUCAGACCACCAGCCUUGAGAAAGGCCCUGUGCCACGGUGGUGCACUGAUGAAACCUUUAGCCUGGCAGAUGAAAGCUGUGGCUCCAACCCAGCGAUGAUCAGGAGAAAGAAAAUCGCCAUCAGUGUUAUCUUCUCUCUGUCUGAGAAGGAGGAGGAGAACAGGAACUUCCAGGAUUUCUUUUUCUCUCACUUCCCACUGUUUGAAUCCCACAUGAGCAAGCUUAAGACAGCAAUAGAGAAAGCUAUGAUUUUGUGCAAGAAGACUGCUGAAUCCAGUCAGUGGGUCCAAGUUUACUUAAGUGGUGUUGUGGAUGCCUUAGGAGAGUUCAGAACAACUAUCUGGAAUCUGUACAUGGCACCAAGAAUCACAGAGCCAGUGUGGUUAACAAUGAUGUCUCAUACAGUGGAGAAGAGGCAACUCUGUCAGCGCUUUCUUAAAGACCUCACGCUUUUAGCAGAGCAGACCUCCAAGAACCAGUUUCUGUCUGCUUUACUGACGGCUGUCCUGACCUACCACUUGGCCUGGGUUCCCACAGUAAUGCCAAAUGAUCAUCCUCCCAUCAAGGCAUUCUCUGAGAAGCACAGCUCCCAGUCGCUAGACUUGCUGGCCAAGUCUCACCCUUACAAUCCUCUCUGGGCACAGCUAGGUGACCUUUAUGGGGCCAUCGGCUCUCCUGUCAGACUGACCCGGACGGUUGUUGUGGGGAAGGGCAGGGAGCUAGUUCAACAAUUCCUGUAUGUCCUCACCUACUUCAUCCGAUGCUCAGAUCUACAGGAGAUACAGCUGAGCAUGAGCGGGAAGGUCGAGGAUGGAGAGCCUGUUCAAACCGCCACCAAAAUCAGCACCACACUUGAGAAAAAGGAGAUGAAGGAUUCUGAAUAUGUAGUGGUCACAGUCCAGAGCGAAGCCAGCCAGAAGUGCUCUGAGAAACCGCAAGACAGCAUCACAGAGCCAGCCAGAAGUCCAGAGGGUCCGGGUAUGUCGACUAAAAACAAACUGCUGACAUCUCCUAAAGCUAGACACAGAGAGUUGACAGAGAAUGAUAAACUAAACUCAGCUAGGACAAUGUCCGACACAGAGGCCACCCACAUUUGCGGCAGCCUGAAAUCUAACCGGGAAGUGGCUACUGGCAUUCAGGAGGUUAAAAAGGAGGUGCUGGUCAAUGUGACUGGGGCAACAGCUGGCAGCAUGCACUGUUUGGCAGGGAUGGCGGGCUGCUCGGCCAUAGCAUUCGAGUCCAGCCCUUCAGUGGAAAAGAAGUCCAUCAUCACAUCUUCACAUGACCUGCCUUGCUUCAGAAUGCCCGUUCAUCACAGUCCCCAUUUGCAGAGGGUAAGAUUCCAGAUUGGGAGUUCUGUCUCUCCUGAUUCAGAUCUAGAGAGCAGGAGGAGAGAAAUGGAUACAAAUUACCAGAAAUUCAGGGAAACAGCUGACGAGAAAGUAAAAAGUCACCAGAGCGGCCCAGACAGUCUCUUACCAGCCUCUCCAACAGAGGCCCAAAGUGAAACGGUCAGACCGUCAUUCAAGUCACGUUUAAAGCACUGCUAUGCCAGAAUUCCAUCCUGUGAGAGGACUACCAGCAUGUUUGAUGAAAAUAACACGAUUACCAUUCCAGCUGAAUGUAGUGCAGUCAGUUCUGAUCAGGAUUUGGGGGGCCAGGACUUAGUCGGUGUCCCCUGUGGGGAUGCUGGGAGAAAAGUGACAUUCCGCAUAGAAGCUGACAUUCCCAGGAACGAGAGUUCAGACAGUGCUCUUGGAGACAGUGAUGACGAACACAUACCCCAAGAUCGUAUCUCUCGUCAGAGCUGUGGAGAAAAGAUGGAUGAAAUCCAAGAAGAGGUCGAAUUGCCACUUCCUAGUACAGAAACUACUAGCCAGAAAAAUGCUAACAACUUUGGAAGAUCCCUUUUUGGAGGCUAUUGUGCGCAAUACAUGCCAGACUUUGUAUUGCAUGGAAUAAGUACAGAUGAAAGACUCAAGCAGUGUUUAAUGACAGAUCUUGAUCACACAGUCAGAGUGGCAGCUGCGUUUCAGCGGGAUGACAGUCUGAGAGUGGUUGAUAGGGGACAACGGGUAUCCACUGAAGCAGUGGCUACCGACACCACUGUUCAACCCCACGACCCCUGCCGAACAGAGCAUCCAGCCUUAGAUGAGCCAAUAGCAGAAGCUGUCUGUAUUAUUGCCGACACAGACAAGUGGACAGUGCAAGUGGCUACGAGUCAGAGAAGAGUGGUGGACAGCAAUAAACUAGGAAAAGAUGUCCUAGUCUCCAGUCUUGUCACCAGCCUGCUCCAGUCUAUUCUACAACUCUAUAAGCUCAACCUCUCCCCUGACUUUUGUAUCAUGCAUCUUGAGGACAGACUUCAAGAGAUGUACUUCAAGAGCAAGAUGCUGUCAGAAUACCUAAAGGGACAUGGAAGAGUGCAAGUAAAGGAGCUUGGAGUCGUGCUGGGGAUUGAAUCUAAUGACCUUCCUUUGCUGGCUGCAGUGGCAAGCACCCAUUCUCCUUACGUUGCUCAGAUACUGUUAUAAUUUACUCUCUCAGGAUAUCCAUUUGCAAAACCAGUUUUAAAAGUUGGGUUAGAAAACGAGUAUAGGCGUGUACAGAAGAACAUGCAGUAUAAGCUGCAGGCAGUAGUAGUCCUAGCAUUUACUCCAAUCUAGUUGGGUGUGCUACCAAAUACAGUGUGCUGAGGCACUGAAAAUACAGCCUACUGUGGGAAAUCUUACUACAUAAACUAAGCAGAACCUGGGAACUGAACUUUUAUAUUCAGGGUUUCCGCUGCAAUGACAGUAAUACUGCCCAGUAAGUGGUAGACUUUUGUACAUCAAGACAUUUGGAUGUACAAUAUCAUGGACUUCAGUCUGAAGCAAUCCAAAAUUGAGAGUCUGUGUAAUUUAGCUUUCUAAACAUUGUGUACAGCUUUCCCACCAAGAGAAAUUGGAUGAAGCUCUACACUUAAAUAUUCAUGAAACAAUGAGUUUUUGUCAUUUAAGACAAUAUUCGAUUAAAACCCAGCAGCUGUUGAUGGUUAAUUUUUUUUUAAUGUAAAAAAGAGAACUACAGUUGUCUUUUAAACUUCCUCUAAACAUACAGUGGUUUCUAUGAAAGUAUUCACUCAAUUGUUUGUUUUGUGUUUUUUUUUUUUUAUUAUAAAGGGACAAAAAAAAAAGCCUUCAAAUUAUUGGUUUUAAAAGGGAAGCCUUACCUGAUCUCAAGUAAAAGUUUACAGGAAUAAAGCUAAAGCUACAGUGUUCUCUUGAGCACUUUUCACAUUGGCACUUCCACCCUGACCAGGGUUCUGGCCACCAGGGUCACAGUCCUGUGUAAUGUGAAACCAUGUACCUGGGUCAUACCCAGGUUAACCCGGGUCCUAACGACCCAUCCCAGAAUGUGGGUUGACACGCUUUGACCUGGGUUGUGCGUGACAAAAUGCAUAAUGGCCGACGAAUUAACAAACAGCCAUGCCGGUGUGAAGGUUUCACUUCCACAAGGGAUGUUUUUGUUGAUUCUGUUUAGACAGAUUUUGCUGAUUGUGACACACCAUGAGCCAGAUUGCAGCAGGGAUGAAGAAACAUUUGCUCUAAUCAACAUUUGGGCUGACGGUUCAAUCCAGAGAAGCUUGGAUGGAAGCACCCAUAACAUGCUGCUUGCGGGGCACUGAUACCAAUAUUGUUUACUUGUGUCUGUCACCCAGGUCAACCCUGCUUUAUCAAAAGCAGUGUAAAAUUUCGUAGCCAACUCGCAUGACACCGGGUCCUGAUCUGGGUAGAGCAUGCCAGUGUGAAAGGGGCUUUAGAAGACUAAUAUGCUUAUUGUCUUAGUCUAAUGCUCUUAAUGUUAUAAAUACUCUGGAAAACUCCAUGCUUUGUCAGUAACUGACAUGAUAGCAUUCAUAAUUUUAAUUGAUGUGAAAUACAUUCUAUAUUAAUCUGUUCAUUAUUUUCCCUCUCUGGUCAUUUUUUGGUUCUUAAUAUAGAUCAAGCCUUAAGACAACCUAACAAUAUAGGAAGUUUAAAACAUAUAGCUUCUUAAGAUCUAUGUAGGCAAUAUAGAACAAUAAAUUGGGACAAACUUCACAAUGUACUAAUAAUUACAAUAUUUAAAUACAACACAGCGCCACGUUUUACGGGCAACUAGUUUUUCUAAAGCAACAUUUCUGUUAAAAAAGGAAGUUACAAAAUGAGGCACAUGUGCACUAAUCUCCGUGCUUUCACAUGCAAAGCAGUGAUCCUAAUAGCUGUAGGGAAAAAAUUGUGUUUGUAUUUUACACACACACACACACACUGUCUGCAGGCCCAUUUUUAUAGAUACAUUCUCUAUUACACAUAUCUUGAGUUAAAAGCAAUAUUUAAUUGUUCGCUUCAGUUUAAAUAGAACUACUCAUGGGUAAAUUGUACAUGCCCAACAACUGAGCCUAAUAUGGAAGUUGUUUCUUCUGUUUAUUUUGUUGACAUUUUACAUUCAUUAUGGUAGUGUUUUUUAAUUGAAAACUUAAUUCCCUGUUUUAAAAUGACAUGGUUACAUUGGUUAGCUGUGUGCAUUUACAUACUCAGACCAUAGUCCGCUGUGAAUGAGUGCUGCCUUUUCAUUGUGUUUUUUGUGCUUGGUAUGUUUCUAAACACUAACUAUUUUACAGACUUGCAGUGGUAAUACAAGCUUUAAUGAAUAUUUAGUUUUUAACAGUGUGGUGACAUAUCUUGCAACGGUGGUUCUAAACUGACUGAAGAAUUUUUAAUGUUUUGUCUUUUCUAAACUAAAUGCUACCUCAUUUGGCAGGAUUUGACCCUUUUAGGGUUUUGUGGUCUUACCUGUGAAAACACUGUCCGUAUAUUUUUGUAGCACCUUGCUCUUCAUUCAGGCUUUUUGUGACUUGAAAAACAAAAGAUGCUGAACUAGUGUUUGUAACAAGAUUGUUUACUCAUCAUGUUUUGUGAUUUAAAUUUUGUGCAGAAUGACAUGGGCAUGAUAAUGAAACAUUAUUGAAUGUAUGAAGAAACUGAAAUGUAUGGAUCUAAAGCUUAACACAGACUGGUAUAACUGACCAGGUUUGUUAUUUGUUAUUUUGUUCUACCAGUAUUGGCUACUUUCUUUUUUUUAAACAUAUGCCAGAUUUAAUAAAACUGCAGAUACAAUGGA